UGUCAGAGGUUGCAUAAUCGCUGAGGUACUGCAAACAUGAUUCAUGAUUCCAUCAAGGCUACUAUUCUAAGGAACACAUGAAAACUCAUGAAAACUAAGAUGUUUUAUUCACGUUUUAAGGAAAUUCUCUUCAUAUGGAGUUUUUUAGUUUUGACAAUUAAAGGUGAAACUUCCACUGAAAGCCCAUUGGAUGGCGAGGUCACGACAGAUAAAACUUCCACUGAAAGACGAGCAGAAGACAACAUUACAGCAGAUGAAACUUCCACUAAAAGACCAACAGUAGGCGACGUCACAACAGAUGAAACUUCCUCUGCAAGCCUAACAAAUGGUGACGUCACAACAGGUGAAACGUUCACUGAAAGCAUAACAGAUGGCGACGUCACAACAGAUGAAACUUUCACAGAGAGCCCAACAGAUGGAGACGUCACAACAGGUGAAACUUCCACCUCAAACCCAACAGAUGGCGAAGUCACAACAGGUGAAACUUCCUCUGAAGGCCCGACAGAUGGCGACGUCACAACUGAUGAAAUUUCCACAGAAGGCCCAACAGAUGGCGACGUCACAACAGGUGAAACUUCCACCUCAAACCCAACAGAUGGCGAAGUCACAACAGGUGAAACUUCCUCUGAAGGCCCGACAGAUGGCGACGUCACAACAGAUGAAAUUUCCACAGAAGGCCCAACAGAUGGCGACGUCACAACAGGUGAAACGUCCACCUCAAACCCAACAGAUGACGAAGUCACAACAGGUGAAACUUCUGAAGGCCCGACAGAUGGCGACGUCACAACAGGUGAAACUUACACAGAAAGCCCAACAUAUGGCGACGUCACAACAGAUGAAACUUUCACAGAAAACCCAACAGAUGGAAACGUCACAACAGGUGAAACAUCUACAGAAAGCCCAACCAAUAGUGACGUCACAACAGGUGAAACUUCCACUGCAAGCCCAACAGAUGCCGACGUCACGACAGGCUAUAUUAAUUCGUUUUUUAUAACGAAGGAAGAAAAUAAGCAUAUCAAACUGGUUAACAAGUCUGACGUCUCAGUCAAUCUGACACUAGAAAUACUUGGAAAAAUUGGAAACGAAUCGACAUCCUUUGACAUUUUGCUUAGAAACACCAACCCCAACAAUGCAUCGGCGACAUUGUUUCAAAAACAAUACAUCGUUGAAGAAAAAGACAUGUCAAAAGAUGGUGUGAUAACUGUACAGUUUCCUAUCAAAGGAGACUAUUUUGCAGUCUUUGGAUUCUACAAAGUUUUCUUAGAAGCGGGCUUGCAAAACUCAAGCUCAUUCAAUGAAUCGAUACCUUUGUUUAUAUCUUAUGACGAGGAAAUUGGCCAGGUUUAUAUCAAUGGUCCACAACAUAUAAGGAUCGGGAGUUUUGCAAACUUUACAGCAAAUGUUGUUCAAGGACACAGUGUAGGCCUCACUUGGAAUUGGGUCAUAGAUGAUAUCCAUAUCAACAAAACCAUACAAACAAAAAACAUAACUUCACAGAGCACACAGCUAUUUAACAUUUCGAAAGCAGGCAAAAUUGAAAUAUUUGUCACUGUUAAAAAUGGGAUUUCAAGCUCCUCAAAUUCAUGCAGUAUUUUAUCAUUAUACCCAAUAAACGGAUUUGAACUAUAUUCAAGAAAAAAUGUGUAUAGCACAACGGAAGAUGCAUUGUUUGGAAUUAAUAACACUACAACAAAUUAUCCUGUAGGAUUGGUAAAUGUUUAUUUCCCCUUGUUUCUUAUGAAUGCUCUUAGCAUUCACGAUUCAAAUGUAAGCAAGUUUGAAUUCACACAUAAAUUUGAAAAACAAGGUAAAUAUGAAGUGUUGAUAGAAUUAAGAUCAGAGAUUGAUGCUACAAACAUAUCGAUGCCUAUUGACAUUUGGGAUAAAUUGGCUGAUCUGCAAAUUAAGCCUUCCAAGAUGUAUGCAAGCGUUGGAGAAAAAAUAAGUAUUGAUUUGGAAAACCCCCCGCCGUCAAAUUUUCAUUAUAACCUAUCGCUUGGAGAUGGAAGCGAAGAAAACAAGAUUUCAGGAACCCUAAAUAAAUCCUUCAUAUGGUCUAAGCAUGAACAAAUCUACAAUGAAUCUGGAUUGUACAUAAUCACCAUCUUUGCUUGGAAUGGAAAAUAUGAGAAAAAACAUUCUGUGACAGUUUCUAUACAAUAUCCAAUAGAACGUUUAAGCAUCACCCCUGACACAUAUAAUGUUCCUCUUCCCGAUGGACUUGUCGAUUUCGACAUCAGACAUGAAGGACAACAACUUCCAACUAAUGUAUCUUGUACGGUUCAUUACGGGGACAGAAUCGAAUUGGAAACGAAAAAUAACGUUUUCAAAAAUACGAAAGUUUAUUCGUUUAGACUUCAAUUUUCAAACCAUGGUCAAUACAAACUUAAUGUGUCUUGUAAAAAUGAUGUAAGUUCUUUUCAUUUGGAGCCACAUGUGAAUGUCACAAAAAUCAACACGAGUGACAUUUCACUCGUCUACCAGAAUCCCUCACCAAUGAACAUGUCAAGAAAUGCAGCUUUUCCAUAUAAUCCAACCCCAGUGCCUACAAAUGUAACAUUUAAGAUUGUUCUGUUUAACUGUUCAAGAUUACCAUUUGAUAUGAAUGAAACAUGGAAAAUUGUCAAUUAUGGUGAGACGAAAUUUAAUAACAAAACAGAAUUUACUCGGACACUUUCAUUUAAAGAAAGGAAUACUUUCGAUAUACAUGUAGAGUUUAAGUUGAAAGGCGACAUUCGUACUCUAAAGAGAAGCAUUACUUUAGGAAAAAUGAAAUUGAAGUGCAGUAAAACUAUGAUCAAUUUCAAGGAGGAAACAUUCAACGUAAACUUAAUGGUACUAAAUGAAUUUGAACCUAACAAAAAAAGAAAUGAUGUAGGAUUUACUUUGCAAUCUGAUUAUGAAGUUCAAAUAAUUGAAGAUAAACCAGCGCAAUCAUUCAAUUUAAGCAAAAACUCACUUCUCAAUGAAAAAUUUUUUGAAUUAAGAUAUGAUAAAUAUGGCUUUUAUAUGCCUAAGUUUGCUGGAUAUGGAAAUGAUUUUAUAGAAGAAAUAUACUUAGAUGGUCCGUUGAUUGCCGAAUUUAAUCUCGAAAACAAGCUCGAACUGCAUACAACUGCAGAAAAAAAUAAUGAUACAGUAAAUCUUCCUCCCGGAGACAUCAACUUUACAAUUAGUUCAGAUUUCGACGAAACAUUGCCGUGGGUAAAUUGUAGCCUUACAUCUGGAGAUGAAGUAAAACGAUUCGAAUACAACGUUAGUCAUAACAUCACACGUGACAGCCAUAUAGUAGUAAACCAUACGUAUGGCGAUCUUGGAAACCAAACAAUAAAAGUGACAUGCAUUAAUUUUAUAUCAUCAGUGAGUUUUACGGGAAAAGUAGACGUUAUUAAUUCUUGCUUUGGAGACGAAGGAAUAUUUGAUCGCAAGUUUUCCAUGCCGGAAGUCAGAAUGAAGAUAACUGAUACCAGUGAAGUGUACAUAGCAAACAGAAUGAGUGUUUUCUGUUAUAAAGAUGAUAUCAAUUUUGUUUGGAAAAGAUGCAAGUCAAUACCAUUGAGAAAAGGAGUGUGUUUAUUUAAUGAAGCAAAAACACUGACAGCAAACAAUUACAAUGUUACAUUGAAUGUUUCAAUUCCGCAAUGGAAAACCUACAUAUUUGAACCAAUGUUUAUCGAAAUAAUCCCGUCUGUUCUUGUUGCUUACAUAUAUGGCGGUGAUUCAAGAAUAGCGUUUGUAAAUGACAUUAUAAACUUCAAGGCGCUGAUUUUAAGGAAUAAUAAAGAAGUCCGUUUAAAAUGGGAUAUAGACAGGGGCAGUGUACCUGAAACUAACUUUAGGCCAACAUUUUCAUACAAGUUCAACACCAGUGGUGACUUUAACGUUUCUCUAAGAGUAAAUGGAACUGUCACAUUUACCCAGAAAGUCAGCGUCUUGAACAGGACUGUCAACUAUACUGUCACACAUUUGAAAUGUGUAUUGAAUUGUAUCAUGAACGCCAUAUCGCCACAAAUGAAACUGGCAAUUUCAAGUGAAUGUACCAAUUGUCUAGCUAUAGAUAAUACAUCAAACGUAGACUACAAAUGGUCAGUGAUCGGAGGAAAUAUUACUGAUAUAAACUACAAAACUCUAACUGGUAUAUACGGAAAAGACAUUUCUCUUAAUGGGAAUACUUUGAUGCCAGACACAAACUACAAGAUUGUAUUGACUGUUGAUAUUACUAACAGUAGUAUCGAACCAUAUAAUUUAACAAUGAAUUUCAAAACCAGCUUGGGUGGAAAAGACAUUAUAAAUAUUGUGUGCGACGCUACUUUUAUACCCGAAAAGACUGCAGUUAGUGCUAUAUGCAAAGGAUCUUCAAGUAUAGUUGUGAGCUAUCUUUUUGAAACUAUCACAAGAAGAUUGAAUGCUUAUAACGAAACCGAAGACAUCGUAAACUAUCUAUACCGGGGAUAUGAAGGCUCAAUUAGAGAGAUACCAAUUCAUACAGGAGACGACAGAUUUCAAAGCAACGUCACAUUGCGCAUCAGAAUAUUUAAUGAAAACGGAGAUUAUCGGACAUUCAAUACGACUUUUCAAAAUGUCACAACCCCUAAGCAAUAUUUUCCUCUUGGAGAAGAUGAUGAAAAGAAGCUUGGAAAUCUUUUACGGGAUUUUAAUAAAACCGUCAGCUACAUUCGAGCAGGAGGUGAUACGAUGAGAACUUUCCGAUACGUAGGAUCAGUAGCAUCUAUGUUUGCAAGACACAAAAGGAAUGUUACUGUUACAACGGAGGAAGAUAUCCUCAGAGGAGAAACUGAUGUUAAAUUUUACGAGGACUCUCCAAUAGAAAAGAAAUAUAAAGAAAUAAUUUACAAAAUGAUUGAUGUCCUAUCUGAGGAAGGAAAAAGCUGUACAGAGACAGACUACAGAAGAUUUAGUUUGACUGAUAUACAACUCAUUUUUAGUACAAUAUAUGCUAUGGUGAGAGAGCCAUGUUAUAUAUCUAUAGAUAUGUUGGAAAAUAAAUUAAUUGAAAUAUUGGAAAAUGUGACCAAAUGUUUUACAAUUCGAAUGGGUAAAACCAUGGAGCCAUUACCAAACGACUACAUCGAGCUCAUUGAAGAAAUUAUGAAACAAAUAGUGCGUAUUGUAAGUGUCAUUAUUGAUGUGAUGCUACCAAGACAACUAAAUGACUACAGUGACUUAAGUUUUGAGAGAAUACAGGCUGACCUAACGAUUAAACAACUUCGCAACGAUCAACAAAUAAAACUGAUACACAGGAACUUAACAAACGAGGAACUUAGCGAAAUCAAGAGAAAAAGUGUGCUCCUUUUGAACUUACAUGAGCAUGAAAAGUCAAUUCAAGACAAACAAAAAGAAAUAGCAGAAAAAUUCUUCGAUCGACUACGAAAAUUGAUAUUUGACGUUCAAUCGAUUGUGUUAUCCACAAUGGUAUUAGGAGAACAAAUGGAGUUUCAACAACGAUUUCUUAAUGUUUUAAUGAUGAAAACUACCAUUAAGGAUUUUAAUACAGAGAAGUCAAAAAAAUUUAAUUUACAAAAGAUUAAUGGAACUUCACCUAAUGCUAAUAUCGACGUUAAGAUCUGUGUGUUUGGGAAAAAUCCGUUCAUAUAUGGUAACAAUGCCAGUAGUCUGACCUCUGACGUAUUUGUGUCUGAUUUUGGAAACGAAACUAUCGUAGAUGUGACACUUAAAAACAAAGGAACAAGAAUUCCUUACAAAUUCAGUCCUUUAUACAGCCAGUAUGUUGACGAGAAGAUAACACACUUUUAUUUUGACGUCACAAACGAUGAUGAUGCAAUUUUGAUUUAUUUAAAACCUGAGGGUUUUGACGUGAACAGUAUUGAAAACAGAACUAUGUAUUGGGUGUACGUAUCGCCGAAACCUUUUCCAACAACAUCUACUUCAGAAAAUAGAGUUUAUAAGAAGUUGGAAACCGCAAUCAGAAACUGGGAUUCUGAACUCGGAUACAAGAUGUUUGCUCCAGCUAAUGUGUGCCCAAAAGGAAUAUGUUACCUAGGCAUUAAGCCUAUCGAAUAUUUGACGGACAGUACAGCAGGAUCACCGCGAAUGAAAAGAGAUGUAGCAAGUAUAGGUCAACUUAAUGGCAGAAACAGCUCAUAUUUCAAUCCAGCAGAGGCUAAUUUCACAUUGCAGAUCGUAACGACCGCAUGCAGAACAUGGAAGAGGGAAUCAAAAACAUGGGAGUCGGACAAUUGCCAAGUUCUGCCAGACACUACAGUAGACGAGACAGUUUGUCGUUGCAUAGGACAUAUUUUCUCAACAACAUUUCACAUCCCUCCAAAUUUAAUAGAUUUAUAUAACGUCUGGGGAAAGUUUGAUGUGAAUAAUGCCUCCGUUUAUGGAACCAUCAUUGCGUUAUUCGUUAUUUACAUUGUGUUAGCCGUGAUCUUGCGCCGAGAAGAUAGGAAAGAUAUCGACAGGUGGUCAAUAGCUUUUCUGUGUGAUCAUGAUCCAGAUGACAGUUACUUUUAUAAAAUGACUGUUUUCACUGGGCUUAGACGAAAUGCAGGAACAACUUCUAACAUUUAUUUUGUGCUGAAUGGUUCAGACGAUGAUUCUAAAACACGCUCUUUGUAUGGAGGAGCUCGAGAGGGCUUCCCGUCAGGCAGUGUUGUAGCGUUUGUGUUUGGUACAAAACAUAGUCUAGGUGACCUUGAAUACAUUAGAAUAUGGCAUGACAGUUCAGGAGAAAAAUCACUACAAGACUGGUAUCUCAAUAAAAUAGAAAUUACUGACCUCCAAUCAAACGAACGGAUAGUUUUCCUGUGUGACAAUUGGCUAUCCCUUACCAAGGAAGAUGGACAGACAGAACGCUUGAUUCCUGUAUCGACCGUUGAAUCAUUAACAACAUUUAAAACUCGACUUGCCAGUCAAGCACAGAUAAAUGUCACCGAACAUCAUCUUUGGUUGUCUCUUUUCUUACGACCCCGGAAAAGUAGAUUCUCGAGGGUACAUCGAUUGUCUUGCUUGAUGGCCUUGCUCUUUUUAAGUAUGAUUUCCAAUGCCAUGUACUACAGAUCCACAGAAGAGUCUGUUAAUAAUUUCGUACAAAUUGGAGUGUUUAAACUUUCUCCUUCGGCAUUGUUUAUUUCUUUAGUCGGGAUCGUCUUAACCACUGUUCCAGUGUCAUGCAUAACAUUUCUAUUUCGAAACAGAAAAUUAAAGAAAGGUGGAAGUUUUAAUAGCCAGUGUGAUGAGAAAGUAAGAAAUGAUCAGGAACUAUUUGUUAUUCCAGAAACAUUAAUAAGGGAACAUGAAGGUUUACUACCGUAUUGGAUUGUUUACGUGGCAUGGAUAAUGUUAACGAUAAUGGUUGCUGUCUCUGCAUUUUUCCUCUUGCUCUACAGCAUGGAAUGGGGGAGUACCAAGUCUGAAGAGUGGCUUGCCUCCUUUAUUUUAUCGUUUUUAGAGUCAGUUACACUUGUUGAUCCAGUAAAGGUUUUGUUCGUAGCAGUUCUGUAUGCAACCGUGUUCAAAUCCAUUAUUUUUGAAAAGACCGCUGAAAUAGAUGUGGAAGAGAUAAAAGAAUUUUCGCAGAAAUUAAAUCAGUCAUCAAGAAAACAAUUUGAAGCAUUUGCGAGCAGUAUUCUUCGAAACCCCAUUCAACUGACCCAGGAGGAAAUAGAAAGAAUGAGAGCAAAGAGGCAAGAGGAACACAAGGCAAAGAAGGCACUUACAAGAUUAAUAAUAUAUGCUAUAUAUCUCUCUACUCUUUUCAUUAUCAGCUAUUUGGAGAGGGAUGUCAAUUCGUUCAACUAUAAAUCAAAUAUCGAGAACUAUAUGUAUUCAGGUGGUAACGGAAAACAGGGAUUUUCAUCGAUCAAUAGAACUGAGGAUUUUAUUAAUUGGCUGAACACGACCUUUAUUUCUACAAUGUAUCCGGUAAAAAAUUACGCAAACAAAAACCUAAAGGUUCAAGAAAAGCGCAUGUUCAGAGACGAUGCAAGUGUCAGAGUUGGACCAGCCCAACUUCGACAACUACGAACUGUUCCUGCAGCCUAUUGUUCUGUAAAGAAAAUAACAUGGCCAUACCCAUGCGUGCAUGGAUAUGAAAAAGAAUUUGCAGACGCAGCUGAAUAUUGUGCUAGUUGGAAACCCUUAGAUUUAAACUGUGCAGCCUAUACAAACCAGAAGAGCCGCUUUACUGCAGGUGCAUGGAAAUACACAGACGCAGAGAGCAUAUGGGGAACUCCGAAAACAGGAGAAUAUGGAACAUAUGAUGGAGGAGGAUACAUUUUACGCUUCACAAAAGAUAAAGACAAAGGACAACUACUUAUCAAGGAUAUGAUUGAACAAAAUUGGAUCGAUCGCCAAACUCGUGCCAUUUUUCUAGAAUUCACUUUGUAUAACGCGAACAGCAACCUUUUUGUUCAUGCAAUUUUUUUGACGGAGUUUUUGGAAACUGGUGGUUUGACAAAAUGGACUGAGAUACAGGCAUUUCGACCAAUUCUUAUUUCAGACUCAAUUGGAAAUCUCAAGGCUUUCUGUUAUAUAACUUUCAUAAUUUACAUACUUAUAGCAACAACAAAAGUCGUUUUCAAAAUAAAGAUCAAUGGCUGUUCUUUCUUAACGCAUCCAUGGAAUUUGGUAACGAUCUUUAGUAUUUUUCUCGGUUACACGUCUGUUUCUGUGUAUAUCGUCCGAACAAUAUUUGCAAAGAAAGCAAUGAAGUUGUUUUAUGACAAAUUAUUGACCCAAGAGGACAAGUUUAUCAAUUUUAACCAUAUAAUCAUAUGGGACAAUAUUUUCAAUGCCGUGUUUGCAACUCUUGUUUUUCUCUCAACACUUCAACUUCUGAACAUCCUGGGAUAUAAUAAAAGAUUCACCCAGAUUAUAUCGGUCGUGGUCAAUGCAGGAAGCGACAUAGGCGGAUUUGGGUUCAUUUUUCUCAUUAUCUAUGUAAUGUUUGUAAUACUUGGAACGCUUCUAUUUGGAGUUCAACUUCGGGACUAUCGAGAUUUUUUCAGUACAUGUGGAACAUUGGCAAACAGUUUCAUAGGAAAGAACAACCUUAAGUCGAUGGUAUCUGCAGUUCCUACUUUUGCCGAAUUCUUUUAUUUCAUGUACAUGUUUUGUGUGAUCAUGACAUUAAUAACAAUAUUUGCAGCCAUAUUAAAUCAGAGCAUUUCUAACGUCAAUGCAUCUCUAAAUAUUGAAUACAAUAAGCUUGGUAUGAAAUUUUAUAUCAGUAAAACGAUAAAAGACAUCUUGGGAAUGGUGUUCAAGACUGGGACGGAUCACAAACCAAAUGUUACGAAAGGGAACCUGUACAGAAAUAAUGCGUCUGCUGAUAGUGAAACCUUUGAUGUUUUACAUCUCUUGAGUAGAUCUUUACACCAAACCAUUGAUAGGACAGAUGAGAAAACUUAUGAAAAAUACAUUGAAUCGGGGAAACGAGAGUCCAAUGGAGAUGUUUUUGAAAGUUCAAAGGACGAUUCAGAGAGGAUGGCCACAGACACAGAAAGAAAUGUGUAUAAACACGACAAACGUGUCCAUUUUGAUGACAUAAUGUUUAAUUUUUUAUAAAGGUUUUUUUUUUCAAGUUUGAUAUAUUCAUUUAGUUUGAAAUAUUGAUUACUACGUGUAGUAUCUUUUUCAAGUGAAAACAACAUAUGAUAACUAUAAUAAUCUAAUUUAUCUAUUUGAAUGUGACAUAAACCUAAUGUGUAGAAAGGAAUAUUUAUUAUUGUUCAAUUUGUUAUUUUCAAAAACUUAACGGUUAUAAAAUAUACCAAACGCAUCUUAUCAAGGUACAUUAUUUUGAGCAGAUUUUAAAAGAAAACUGCAAACUCUGACUGUGAGUAUUUUAAUUUAUAAUUUAAAUAAUUUUCAGUAAUUAGCAAGAAAAUAGUCUAAACCUUUACAUUAUUAUGAAUGAAACUUCAAGUGUACGGAAAUAUAGCUCUAUUGUAUAUUGACCCGAAGUUUUGGUAAAACUACAGUUUUUCGUUUGCAGAUACAUGUAUGCUAUUUAUACAUUUCUUGUAAACUAUACUAUUGUGUAAUUUCAUAAAUAAUAAAAAGACAACGAUUUCUUAAUAAAUGCAUAC